UGCCAAAGCUGCCCGCGGGCAGGGCUGAACCCUGUCUUCCGACAUAAUUUCUCCACGCCACUGAAUUUCUCUCUUCAACCCAGCAAUUAGGGUUUCUGUUUCUCUCCUCACCUCUAAAUUCAACCCAAUAUCCGCUCCACUUCCUUCGAUCGCGAUGGCCAAGACGAAGCCGGGGAAAAAAGACGUCGAUUCAUACACUAUAAAGGGCACCAACAAAGUUGUCAGACCUGGUGAUUGUGUGAUGAUGAGACCAUCUGACUCGGACAAGCCACCAUAUGUGGCAAGAGUCGAGAAGAUUGAGUCUGACCACAGGAAUAACAUGAAAGUGCGGGUGAGGUGGUACUACCGCCCUGAGGAAUCAAUUGGAGGCCGUAGGCAGUUCCACGGUGCCAAGGAGUUAUUCUUGUCGGACCACUAUGACGUACAGAGUGCUCAUACCAUUGAAGGAAAGUGCAUUGUGCAUACCUUUAAGAACUACACCAAGCUAGAGAAUGUGGGGACGGAGGAUUACUUUUGCAGGUUCGAGUAUAAGGCUGCUACCGGAAGCUUCACUCCCGACCGUGUUGCUGUAUAUUGCAAGUGUGAGAUGCCUUAUAACCCAGAUGAUCUCAUGGUGCAAUGUGAAGGAUGUAAAGAUUGGUUUCAUCCUUCUUGUAUGGGCAUGACCAUUGAAGAGGCAAAGAAGCUUGAUCAGUUCUUGUGCUCUGAUUGUUCAUCUGAUGACGAUACCAAAAGGUCUUUGAACUCAUUUCCCGUAUCACCGGCUGCUGAGACAAAGGUGGAGGCGAAGCGAAGAAAGAGGUGAAUGAGUCGUGCAUGAGUAUGUACGAGUUUUCUUGCAUAGUAGCGCGCUAUUUGUUGUUGUACCAUGGAAUUGUACAGUGCAGAGAGAGUGGAAACUACAAGACAUGGUCUGAGGCUUAUUUCUAAUUUAUGGUAGCCUAAUUAUUAUUAUUAUCAUCUAUUUAUUGUAUCUUUGUGCAGACUAAGUAGUUAGUAGUACUACUCAUCAUUGUUGUUAUGUGCGUGUACAAUUCCCCUUAAAACAUUGAAAUUGUUGAUUGAAAUCUAUCAUUAACCCUAGUUUUCUUAA